AAAUAUCCUGUCAAGGAAUAUCUAGUAAAUGACAUCAUCGGAGGACUUACUACUGGUAUCAUGCAUGUGCCUCAAGGUAUUGCCUAUUCUGCUCUGGCCGGGGUCGAUCCUGUCUACGGUCUCUACGCGUCGUGUUUUCCUGCAUUUUUCUACAUGUUCUUUGGUACUUCACGACACGUGUCAAUUGGUGAGUGAGCUUACUGAUAGCUUCUUUCAGGCUCAGCGGAAACUGCCACAUUUGAGUCACUCUUUUCAAAAAUUGUAA